CGGCGCUCUCUUCUCAUCGUACUCUCGACCUGUUUGGACGUGAUAGAGUUGGUGUUAAAAAAAAAUUUAUUCUAAAUAAUUAAGAGAAGAAAUUUAAAAAAAAAAUACGUAGAAUUAGUUUUAAUUAAUUAAUUAUUAAUAAUAAUGGCAAGUCAAGACUGUCCGAUGGAGAACGGUGAGGAUUUCUCCCAGGACGUUAAACCUACAGAUCAAAAUUUCGUACAGAACGAUAACCAAGUAAACGGACAAAACGGUGGAAGUGGUGGCGUUGGGGGCGGCGGUGACGCUCCUGCAGAUAGUGGAAGUGCCGAUGCACCCGGACGCGAUGACGACAGAAAACUAUUUGUUGGUGGCCUCAGUUGGGAAACAACAGACAAGGAACUUAGAGAAUACUUUAGCACUUAUGGCGAAAUCGAAAGUAUCAACGUAAAAACCGAUCCGAAUACGGGCAGGUCGCGAGGAUUCGCUUUUAUUGUCUUUGCAAAUGCGGAAGCGAUAGAUAAAGUUGUCGCGGCCGGCGAACACGUUAUCAACAACAGGAAAGUUGAUCCAAAGAAGGCGAAAGCGCGACAUGGCAAGAUAUUCGUUGGCGGAUUAUCCAAUGAUCUUUCAGAUGACGACAUCAAACAGUAUUUUGGACAAUUUGGAAAGAUUACCGAAGUUGAAAUGCCCUUUGACAAGACAAAAAACCAAAGGAAAGGAUUUUGCUUUAUUACAUUUGAAUCCGAACAAGUUGUUAAUGAAUUAUUGAAGACACCUAAACAAACAAUUAAAGAUAAAGAGGUUGAUGUGAAAAAAGCAACACCGAAACCGGAUGCGAUGGGUAAUAUUCGUGGUGGUGGAAGAAUGGGAGGACGCGGAGGUGGUCGCGGACGAGGAAGAGGUGGCGGCUAUGGUAGUAAUCAAAAUUGGGGUGGAAAUCAAGGUUACGGCGCGUACGGAGGGUACGGCCAGGGUGGUUACGGAGGGGGCGGCGGCGGUGGCUACGACGGUGGUUACGGUACUGGCGGCGGAUACGAUUACUACGGUGGCGGUUACGGCGGCUACGGCGGAUAUGACUAUAGCAACUAUGGGAAUUAUGACUAUGGUUACGGUAACAACGAAGGCGGCUACGGUGGCGGACGAAGCGGUUCUCGCGGCAAAGGAACUGGAGGCGGCGGAGGUUAUACGGGCGGUAAACAGAGGGGUGGAGGCGGCGGCGGCGGCGGCGGUGGUGGUGGCCGCAACCAACGGCAUCAACCCUAUUAAUAAUUUUCGAGAAAAAUAAGAGAAAGUUGUGAUGUUUUUAUUAUUUUUUUGUUUUUUUUCAUAGGUGUUUUCCUCAUCUCAUCUUUUCAUAUCAAGUCUCAAUAGCAAUUAAUUAAUGUUUAUUUAAAGAAGAAGCCGCAAAAAGGAAACAAUUUAAGUUUAAAUUAAACUAACAAUA